AUGCCUGCCGGCCGCCUCCCUUCUCACCGGGCUGCAUCUCUCUUGCAGCAAUGGCUGGUGAACGGCGGGCACACAGCAGACCUCUGGCAAAACUGCACCUCCGGUAGCAUCUUCCACUGCCUGACGUCGUCCACGAACGAAUGGCUGCAGUCUGUCCAAGCGAUGAUGAUCCUCUCCAUCAUCUUCAGCGUCUUGUCCCUGUUCCUGUUCUUCUGCCAGCUGUUCACGCUCACCAAGGGCGGGCGGUUCUACGUCACUGGAAUCUUCCAAAUCCUUGCUGGGCUCUGCGUGAUGAGCGGCGCGGCCAUCUUCACAGUGAGGCACACGGACUGGCACCAAGCCUCGGAAAACACCUCCUACGGCUUCGCCUAUAUCCUGGCAUGGCUGGCCUUCCCCCUGGCCCCCGCCAGCGGCAUCGUCUAUGUCAUCCUACGGAAGCGGGAGUGAUGCCGUGGGAGGCAGCAUGACGUGACAAGGGCACUCAUGACGUCCACGGAGGAGAUGGAGGCGGGGGAAAAUAGACGAGAAAACGGAAAAGAAAAUUAACCAAAAAAAAAAAAAAAAAAAAGAAAAAAAAAAAGGAAUAAACCC